AGAUCCGACCGUUGGCCACAAUGAGCACGGUCUUUUCGCUUCGCUCGCUCGGCUGCCUGCUCGUUUCUCGCGUGCGUUGACGUCCCCAUUCAAUGGUUCACCUCCGAAAAUUUAGCUGAUUGCACGACAGUGAAUCCUCUGAGCUUGGCGACAUCAACAGCUGGCCUCUAAAUGGCAACGAGCCUCCGUAGAAGCAAGACGGAACGCAUUCAGCACCUAGCUUCAGGACACAGCAUCGCCUUUGAAAGGAAUGGGCUUCCAAGUGACGAUGAGACCGUAGUGUACUGCAUGGAUUGCUCAAGUGGGGCAGCUUUGAGCCCUUGGUCUGAGCAUACAGUGCCUACUGCCACUUCCUCAUGGGAUGAGGACUUCAACACUGGUGCUACAGCCCAAGUUCAACAAACCCUUGAAGCCAUAGACAAUUAUUUGUACGAAGAAAGUGAUAAUGAACCUGGAAGUUCUGCCUUGAAUGAUGAGCUCAAGCUGGAGUGUGAGCGAUGGAAACAACAGUUUCCGCAUUUACGUGUGACUGGAAGGAGGCUUGCCUAUCCGCCGGCAGCUGUUGCUAAAAGUAUCAUUAUGAAUGGUGGUUCUACCUCAACAGAAAGCAAGUGCGACUCGGAGGCAAGCUGGUCGGCAGAGGACGAGGUGCUAAAGAAAAAAGUUAUAGAUCAUCUCUGUGCCAUUUUUUGGCCUGAGGUUCAGCUUUGGCUAGAGUUGUCACACCAGCAUCCUGGCCAUGACCACCUAAAUCUAAGGUACUCGGACUGGGACUUCGACAAGGAGGUACACAAUUGCCAGCAGAGCUUGGAAGGAGUGUUGACAGUGACCCCAAAGCUCCUAAGGGAUCGUUUCUCUGAAAGAGCCUGCUCUUCCACAACUUUUUCCUCAAGGUCAAGCACUGCACAAUCGAUGCUCAGGCAGGGCUCCAGGCAACAGUGGUCAUGUGAGAAACAGCACUGGCAGCAUCAACCACCAGUGGCUUCCAGGUGCACAUCAAGGCCACGGCCCUUACUGCCACCAUUAAGCUCUGGCAGUAAUGGCAGUAGCUCCAGCAAAGUACCUAUGUCUUCUCUGUCCAGCCGAUCUGACAGGACAAGUAGUGGAUCUUCAAUGUCCAAACUGCCCCCCAUCGACCCUGCCUCUCUUCAGUCUAUGUAUGUAGAAGGACAUCGAAUCAAUGUGUCCGAGCGACCUUUGUCCCGAAGUGUGAAUAGCUGUUGUCGCAGGCCCAGGGCGGAGAAAUAAUGCCCACAGGGUCAUUCUGUUGCCUGCCUUUGUUACCUAUUACUGUACCUCAAAAUAUGCCAGCACUUUCAGAAGAAUGUUUGUUUAGGAAAAAGGACAUUUAGAAGAACAACAUGAACUAAUCAGCAGUGGUCGAACAAGGGACGUCACUAGAGCCAAUGUUUUGAUGAGAGGAUUUGUCUUAAUAAGGCCAACAGCUCA